AUGCAUUUGAAUAAUAUCCAAAAUUCUAAGCCACUUGUCAACAACGCAUAACCAUGGAAACCAGGACAUUCGAUAUCAAGAUUAGUCAACAAAUACACAAAUACCAAUGAUUAAGAAAUCAUGGACAAAAACAGCAAAUUGCUCAGAAAAAUGAUGGAAAUCCAAUAGAGAAAUAGCGCAUUGAAGUAACCUCCAACACAUGGUUCAUUGGAAGCAUUAAGAAGAAGGGAACAAGUCAAGAUAAGCUCAGAGAACUAAACCAUUUUAAAGCGUUUACAAUCGGCUAGUUCAGCCUACUCCAAGAAAACCUGGGUAAAUGAUAUUGAAAGAGUUAAAAAAUAUAGAGACAAUUUACAACGAAGAACAAGAACAAAUGAUGAUUUCAAUAUAUUAGCAGUUUAAGAACAAGUCAAACGCAAUUUUACCAGUUAAUCUUCCUCUAGAAAACUUAAAACAAGUUAAGGACCUAGAACUUAGACAUAUGAGUCAUUAAUUUGA